UUUUUAACUUUUUGGCACAAACUCGUGAUUUUGAUUGUAAAAUUAAUUUAGCCUAUCCACAAAAAAAUGACCCAAUCUUAUGUUGUUAUGACCCCAUAUACUUUGGGGAACAUGAAAAUUAUUCGUUUUGAACGUACACACGUCUUAGAUGAAAGUAUGGUUCAUCACAUCGCUGGUGGACAACAUUCUGGUAUUAUAGUAAAUAAAGAAUGCAAGCUAAAAAUGGAACCUAUGGAUGUACCAGAAAUGCAGCUACAAUUCACAUGUGCUAUGUUCAACAAUAGGACUUCAGAAACUCAUGCAGAAAACCGUUGUUUAAAAUUUUGGUUCAGCAAAAGUGCUCAACAAUUCGAUCGUUUGGAUGAGUCGUAUGACUUUUUUAGGGAACUCAUUGAUCCUGAUUCAUUCCCAAGGGGUAGGUUAGAAUAA